AUGGCAGAACAAAUUCGAGUCGUUAGUCUUAACUGUUGGGGCUUGAAAUAUGUUUCGAAAGAUCGGCACGAACGAGUUGCUGCAAUAGCUAGUGCGCUCGCUCGUUCAGACUACGAUAUCAUUGCACUCCAAGAAAUCUGGGUCGAGGCAGACUAUAAUCAAAUUCGGCAGAGUGUCGUUUCCCGCUUGCCUUACACAAAGCUUUUCCAUAGCGGUGCUCUUGGUGCCGGACUUGGUAUCCUCACAAAAUGGCCCAUCAUUGCCACCAGCAUGACACCAUACUCACUUGUUGGCGAGCCCACAGAUGCCUUCGGAGGAGACUGGUUUGUGGGAAAAGGAGUUGGGAGCGUAACGGUUAUGCACCCUAUUCUUGGACAGGUCCAGCUUUUUGUCACACAUUUCUGUGCCAAGGGCGGAGAAUCAGGUCCUGAGUACAACAGGACGUAUCGCCUAGUGAAUGCUUGGGAGUUUGCAAAAGUCACACGGCAAGCCGCUGAACUAGGGCGGUAUGUCAUCGCCAUGGGUGAUUUCAAUAGCCUUCCAACGAGUCUCCCGAUGAAUAUCGUCCUGAACCAUGCCGGAUUGGUUGACUCGUGGGCAGUCUCACACACACAUAUACCUCCGCCCUCUGGGAUGUUAUCUCCCAUAGAGGGUAUCGUCAAAUACGGAAUCACUGCCGAUUCGCCUCUUAAUUCUUACCGUGACUCACAACCCUCUUCCGACCCGGUUGUUCGCAAAUAUCAAGGGAAGCGCCUUGAUUAUAUCUUAUUCCGGCAUCCCAGUCCCAACGCGACCAAUGACUACCUUCCCCGACUGGCGUGCCGAGAUAGCAGGGUUGUCUUCACUGAUACCAUUCCCGGAAACUCAUGCUCCUACUCUGAUCACUUUGGUGUCGAGGCGACCCUAGUCAUUGGCACGCAGGCGGAAUCCUAUGGCGGCGACCAGGAUGAUAUGGCGUCACUGAAGGGUAGCUCAGCGGUGUGGUCCAACUCCCCCUCUGAACUCUCCUCGAAUGCUAUAACCGAGAUGAUGAGCGCCUUGAAUGCAUCCUACAGGAUGUCGCAAGAUCGUUCUCGCAAGGAAUUGACUAUCUUUGGAUUGAGCAUCUUGAUGCUGCUUGCUUUCAUUAUUGGAUCUGCAUGGGUUGUCAUUCCUUGGAUCAACCCAGUUUUCGUGCUUCUAGUCAUUUUCAUAUCGUGGCAGGCUACGACCAAACUUUACGAAGGUUUCAUCUUCGGGAACUGGGAGAGGAAAGCUUUACAAAAUGUUAUAGAAGAGCUUGAACUUUAUAAGAUGGUCCUGGCGUCACAGGCACCGCAAGACUGGUAG